AUGUUGUCCUUUGUUGUCCUCAAAGGUUACAAGGUGGAGGUGGAUUCAGAGGUGGAGUCUGUCCAGCUGCCCUGCAAAACCACAGUUUGCCUGUCUAAAGACGCUAAAGUGGAGUGGAAGGACAUGAAAGACAGGAAGGUCCACGUGUAUAAGAACGGCUCUGACCAGCCUGGAGAACAGCACCAGGUUUACAGAGGCCGAACGGAGAUGAAGAGGAAAUGGCUGAAAGCUAGAGACCUCAGUCUGACCCUGAAACAUCCCAAAGAGAGUGACACCUACACCUGCACCGUCUACAGCCGGAGGCAAAAGAUUCUGAUGAAGAAGGAAGUGCUGCUCACUGUCAGAGAUGGAGACACGAACACCUACACUUGUACCCUCUACAAUCAGCAGGGAAACAUCCUGAUGAAGAAGGAAGUGCUGCUCAUUGUCAGAGUUCACAAGGUGGAGGUGGAUUCAGGCAGGGAGUCUGUCCAGCUGCCCUGCAAAACCUUAGUUCAAGUGUCUAAAGACAUUAAGGUGGUGUGGAAGGACAAAUAUGGAAAGGUCCACGUGUAUGAGAACAGCUCUGACCGGCCUGAAGAACAGGAACAGGAUUACAGAGGCCGAACGAAGAUGAAAGAAGGUCUGCUGAAAACUGGAGACCUCAGUCUGACCCUGAAAUACCCCACGGAGAGAGACAACUCCACCUACACCUGCACUGUCUACAGCAGGGAGGGAAACAUCCUGAUGAAGAAAGAAGUGGAGCUGAAAGUCAGAG